CAUGCCUCGCGGGCCCUUGGGCCACCUCAUAACUCGCGUCCCGCGGGGACCACAGCUCCCGGCAUUCGCGGGGCGGGGGCGGAGUCGGCCUCCCGGAAUCCUGGGUCCCGGCGUGCACUUCUGGAGGACUUCAGGUACCGGCGUGCCCCGCGUCCCUGGGUCCGCUAGCUCGCGUCCAGGGCGCCGCCUCUGUGUAGGGCGGGCGACGAGGCAGCCGAGGCGGAGCUGAUGGCUGCACUGAGGGCGGGGCGGGGUGCAGGCUGGAACCUCCGGGGAUGGCGGGCUUUGGGGGGGGUUCGCUGGGGGAAGGGACCCCUGUUGACCCCUGACCUUCGGGCCUUGCUGACGUCAGGAACUCCUGACCCUCGGGCCCGAGUGACUUAUGGGACCCCCAGCCUCCUGGCCCGGUUGUCUGUGGGGGUCCCUGAAACACGGACGUGUCUGACGUCGGGGACUUGGGAUUCCCGAGCACGGCUGACUGCAGGGGCCCCAGAUCCCAGGACCCGGGAGGUCUCAGGGACCCCUGGAACCCGUCCGCGCGUAUGGCUGGCGGUGGCGCUGGGCGCUGGGGGGGCAGUGCUGUUGUUAUUGUGGGUCGGGGGUCGGGGUCCCCCAGCGGUCCUCGCCUCGGUCCUUGGCUCGCCGCCCACCUCUCCCCGGAGCCAGUACAACUUCAUCGCAGACGUGGUGGAGAAGACAGCACCUGCUGUGGUUUAUAUCGAGAUCUUGGGCCGGCACCCUUUCUCGGGCCGCGAAGUCCCUAUCUCGAAUGGCUCAGGAUUCGUGGUGGCUGCCGACGGGCUCAUCGUAACCAACGCUCAUGUGGUGGCUGAUCGGCGCCGGGUCCGUGUGAGGCUGCUUAGCGGUGACACGUAUGAGGCCAUGGUCACAGCUGUGGAUCCCGUGGCAGACAUUGCCACGCUGAGGAUUCAGACCAAGGAGCCUCUCCCCACACUACCCCUGGGACGCUCAGCUGAUGUCCGGCAAGGGGAGUUUGUUGUUGCCAUGGGAAGUCCCUUUGCACUGCAGAAUACGAUCACUUCUGGCAUUGUCAGCUCUGCUCAGCGUCCAGCCAGAGACCUGGGCCUCCCCCAAACCAAUGUGGAAUACAUCCAGACUGAUGCAGCUAUUGAUUUUGGAAACUCUGGAGGUCCUCUGGUUAACCUGGACGGGGAGGUGAUUGGAGUAAAUACCAUGAAGGUCACAGCUGGAAUCUCUUUUGCCAUCCCUUCUGAUCGCCUUCGAGAGUUUCUGCAUCGUGGGGAAAAGAAGAAUUCCUGGUUUGGAAUCAGUGGGUCCCAGCGCCGCUACAUUGGGGUGAUGAUGCUGACCCUGACUCCCAGCAUCCUUGCUGAACUACAGCUUCGAGAACCAAGCUUUCCUGAUGUUCAGCAUGGUGUGCUCAUCCAUAAAGUCAUCCUGGACUCCCCUGCACACCGGGCUGGUUUACGGCCGGGUGAUGUGAUCUUGGCCAUUGGGGAGCAGCUGGUACAAAACGCUGAAGAUAUUUAUGAAGCUGUUCGAACCCAAUCCCAGCUGGCAGUGCGCAUCCGGCGGGGACCGGAAACAUUAACCUUGUAUGUGACCCCUGAAGUCACAGAAUGAGUAGGUCAGCAGAAGUAUGAGGCUCCUGCUCGGAUUUCCACCUUGCUUUCCUGGCCUAGGCUCUGAGGGUACCUGGACAGAGGAUUAAAUGAACCAGUGGGGGGCAGGUCCCUCCAACCACCAGCACCAAUCCCUGGGCUCUGAGGAAUCAUAAAAAUGCUUUUUAUAUAAAAUAAAAUUAUACCUAGCAUCAUGUUAUAGUCAAAAAUAAGGGGGGGGUACUGAUCUUUUCCCCCACAAAAAGGCUAGAGGUAAAGCUGUAUCCCCCCUCAGCUGAGGGGAGAUACUGGAGCUGACCAUUCUGACCUCCCUAUUCAAGAAAACCAGCUGCUGCUGUCUGUUGUUCUGGGCAGUUAAUCAGGUGCUGC